GAAGAGGCUUACUGAACACGUUUAGUUGUGCGCUGAAAGUCUCCCAGGUCUUACGACCUCUCUAAUUAAAUGUACCUUCCUUCGACGACGGCAUCAACUUGCGACACCGACCGAACAAGGUUUCUCAGAAGCCUGCUGUAGGUAUCUGCAGCCUCAGGUAUGCUCCGCUCCGACUGCAAUGACCAAGCGCUCUCAUGGAAGAAAGCUGCAUUGCAAUGGACAGUCUCUAUCCACAUCCGACUCCGUUUUCCCAGGUACGCUGGACCAACCUCAGAGCGAUGGAUUUUUCUGGUGGAAUCCCCUGCUUCAUCUUUUGCACAUCGCCCGCACGAUGAUCAUGCUUUGACUGCAGGAGUCUCAUCCAUAAUAUUCAGCCUCGAGAUGGAUUGCAAACAAAUUAGGCACAGAAUCGAGAUAUGCCAGCUCUGACAAGGUGGACCAACCAGGAGGUUGUACUGGCUGCCG